AUGCAGUGCUCCACCGCCACCCCCACCGCCUCCACCGCCUCCGCUGCCUCCACUGCCGCCGCCGCCUCCACCGCCGCCUCCACCGCCGCCUCCUCCGCCACCUCCGCUCCCAUUGCCACCGCCGCCGCCGCCUCCUCCUCCACUGCCGCCACCGACCCCCCCACCCCCACCUCCACCUCCACCGCCACCCCCACUCCCCCCACUGCCUCCACCUCCACCUCCACCGCCCGCUCCUCCAGCUCCCUUGCCCCCUGCCAGAGCGGCGUCUCCCGCUAG